AAAAACAUAACCUCACAUAACCUAUAAUCUAAACGGUGAAUUAAAACUUUUUUAAGUAUUUUUUAAGGAAAAACUAUAAAUGAGUGUAACAGUUUUGUGUUAUUACAGUGUAAUUUUGAUAAGUGCUUAAGUUUUACAAUGUCUUUUCUUCCCAGUGCAUUUAACACAUUAACACGUAGCGUACGAUUUUUGGGUUCAUGUAAACAAAUUAUGUUAAACAAACAAAUUGUAUGUUUUAAAGUGUUUCAAAAUCGAUAUUUUUCUGUAAACAUUACGAAAAAUACAGCACAGGAAAAUAUUUCGUCGUUACAGAUCAAGAAAAGGGUUGUUCGUCAGAAGCGCCCCUUAGAAGCUCAAGACACCAAAACUCCAGGACAAUUCAUUGUUACUGCUCUUGCAACCGCUGAAGAGUACAAGUUAGAAGAGCUCACACAGGGACUUACAGAACAAAAUCUAUACGAACCUAGGUUUAUAGACAAAAAUGUAAAUGCAAUUUAUGCAGUUGCCAAAUAUCAAGUAGAUAAGGAACCUCGCGAAAUAUUUUUCUUUCGCGAAGGAAGUGUAGUCCUUUGGAAUGUAACUGACCUGGAAGUUAGUAAUGUUUUGAACUUUCUCAAAAACUAUGAGCAAGACAGUUACCCCGACAAAUUGAUUGCUAAGGAGACAGAAUAUAUGAAUUAUCAACACCAAAAAGACAAUAAACCGACAGUAUUUGAUUCAAACAGUGGUGACUUCUUGCUCUCAACAGAGGACAAUAUCUUAGAGAAAUACACAUUCUCUAAUGUUAUGGCUCAAAGUGUUAAAUUGGGCAUUUGGGAAUCAAUGUUAGAAAGGUACAUUGAUUCUAUAGUAUAUGUUACAGAAGAUCUCAAAAGGGGCGCGAAAUUAAAAAUGACGCGUAGCCAAGUUCUACGAAAACAUGGAGAAUUAUUCGCUUUAAGACAUGUGAUAAACUUAAGCUCAGAUCUGCUAGACACACCAGACUUUUAUUGGGACAGAGAGGAGUUAGAAAAGUUAUAUCUGCAAUUAUACUCUUAUUUCAGUAUAAACAGAAGGACUAAGGUGAUGAACGAAAAAAUUAAUCAUUGUGUGGAGCUAGUAGAACUUUUAUCAACACAUUUGAGCGAUAAGCAUCACAUAAGACUUGAAUGGAUGAUUAUAAUACUAAUUAUGGUUGAGGUCGUUUUUGAAGUAAUUCACUAUGUUGAUAGACUUGGAAAUAUUAUUUUAUAUGCUCAAAAACAGUUAACAAAUUUCACCUCAGCAAAAGUGCACCCUCCUACAAAGAACACCAAGACGACGCUGUGA